AACUAGACCAUUAUCCCCUUGCCAAUAUAUAUAUGAAUCCCAGCUAGCUAGCGUACAGAAAAGAAAAAAUGGCCAAAAAGCUCACCUUCAUAAUACUUAACAUCUCCCUCUUUGGCAUCACCCUAAGGCAUAUGGUCCUCACUGAGGGGAAUGCUCUAGACCCUACAAUCACAUUUUUCAUGCAUGACAUCAUUGGUGGAUCAACCCCUUCGGAAAGGAUCGUGGCUGGCACCAUUGUAAACACUCAAACCAAUCACCUUCCUUUCUCAAAACCCAAUAACAGGGUCUUACCCUUUAAAGGUGCCAUACCAUUAGUUGAUACUAGCACCGGCAGUGGUACUAAUCCUACACACACAAGCACCACGGUGAUAAAAAACAUUGAUAAAAACAAGGUUGUUAUCAAUAAGAAUUCACUAGGUCUAGGAGCAACACCAGAGAACUUUUUGUUUGGAAGAAUAACAGUGAUUGAUGAUAAAAUUACAAAAGGGCUUGAAUUGGGGUCAGAGGUUAUUGGUAAAGCACAGGGAUUUCAUUUGGCUAGUUCAUUGGAUGGAAGUAGCAAAACCAUGGCAUUUACUGCAUUGUUUCAUGAUGAUGAGGAGGAUGCUAUUAGUUUCUUUGGUGUACAUAGAACCGCUGCACAUGAGUCUCAUAUUGCUGUUGUGGGAGGAACGGGAAAAUACAUUAACGCAAAAGGAUAUGCCAUAAUUGAGACACUUCAUUCACCUCAACAGCACACCACAAAUGGGGUGGAAACACUUGUUCAGAUUACCGUCUACUUAUUCUAGAUAUAUAUAGCUGUUCUAUUCCUUGAUAUAUUGUAGCAAUUAGCAAAGAUUGGAUAUUCUUUGUAGUAAAAGAAGAAGCAAAUCUCUUUUUUACUAAAUGCAUGUAUAAUAUCAAAUAGUUGCAUAUCCAAUCUUUCAAGAGUUCUAACAUA